UCUACGGCGCCGCCGCCUUCGGGGAGCGGAACGAGCGCUGCGAGUGCCGCACCUGCGAGAGGACCCCCCAAGUGCCGCCAUGUCGGAGCCCGAGGAGGAGAUCGAGGAUGGAGGAACCGGAGGAGGAGGAGGAGGAGGAGGAAGGCUCGGACCCCCCAAAACCAGCGGAUGAACCAGAGGAGGAGCGGCCCCGGCCCCGACCCGUCGUACCCCAACUGGCGCCCCCCAAAAUCCCCGAGGGGGAGAGAGUGGACUUCGAUGACAUCCACCGUAAGCGGAUGGAGAAGGAUCUCCUCGAGCUCCAAACGCUCAUUGAGGCGCAUUUCGAGCAGCGCCGCCGCGAAGAGGGGGAGUUGGUGGCUCUGAUGGAGAGAAUUGAGCGUCGCCGCGCGGAGCGGAACGAGCAACUGCGGAGCCGCACUGAGAAGGAACGAGAGCGACAGGCGAGGCUGGCGGAGGAGCGGAUGCGAAAGGAGGAGGAAGAGGCGAAGAAGAGAGCGGAGGACGAUGCGAAGAAGAAGAAAGUGCUGUCGGCGAUGCCCCAUUUCGGGGGGUACCUCGCAAAGGCGGAGCAGCGCCGCGGCCGCCGCCAAACGGGGCGAGAGACGAAACUGCGGAUUCUCGCGGAGAGACGGAAACCGCUGAACAUUGAGGGAAUGCGCGAAGAGGAACUGCGGCUGAAGGCUCAGUCCCUUCACUCGUGGAUUCGUCAACUCGAGUCCGAGAAGUUCGAUCUCAUGGAGAAACUGAGGCGACAGCGCUAUGAGAUCAAUGUCCUCUAUAACCGCAUCAGUCACGCCCAGAAAUUCAAGAAGGUCGUCGGCAAAGGGCGCGUCGGCGGCCGCUGGAAGUGACUCCGCCCCCAAUAAACGUCACUUCCGGUCCCGAGUCGCGUCUCACUGUGGUCUCUUCCGGGUUUUAUCUCACGGCGCGCGAAGCCCGGCUGUUACGUCACUUCCGGGUUAUCCCUCC